GGUCCCGUCGCUGCCCGUAGUUUUCGUUUCAGUUUCAUGCGUCUUCACCAUAGUAACCGUCCACAACAUUACUGCAGCAGAAGCGCGUGGAGCCUGAAACCGAUUUAACUCUGUAUUUAAAUCGAUUUUAACCGUUUAGGAGUUUUGUUGGUUUGUUGUCGACCUGCAGUUAUUGAAUAGUCAUCGUUGGCGAGGAAAAAGCUCUGUAAAUAACCUCCUCUCAGCCUUCAUUCCUUUUUAUUUCAGCUACAAACAUCAGCUGAAACACAUCCAGACCACUAGCGGCUGUGGGGAUGUGUACAGAUAGUAUAUGAAAGCAGCAUGAAAGCCCUUGAAGAAGACAUGAGUGACCUCCACCUGAGUCUGGACUGUGGUGACAGUGUGGAGAAAUGGCCCAGCAGGAUCUCUCUCAGUCAGCAGGAGGACUCCAGUCAAUAUCUCAAAUCCCACACUCUUCAUCUGAGCAGACAGAGCCUGAACCUCCUACCAGACCACGCUUUAAAACACACUCAACUCCAGAAUUUAUAUCUUGAGGGCAACAAGAUAUCUAAUCUUCCAGAAAAUAUGUUCAGCAGCUUACCAUGUUUGGUUUGGUUGGAUCUGAGACACAACCAGCUCGCCUGUCUUCCUGCUGGUAUCGGCCAACACAGAUGCUUGAAAACAUUGCUGCUGGAGGGUAACCCUAUUACAGAACUUCCAAAAGAAUUGGGUAAUGUGAUCACGCUGAGAGCCCUGAAUCUGAGGAAUUGUCCCAUCUCCUUCCCGCCGCAGGACGUCCUGCAGCAAGGUCUAGCUCACAUCAUGCAGUUCCUGCGGCGCAGAUCCGUGGCUGAGCGGCCCCUGCGAGGGAGCCAGCCAAAUGAAGUCUCAGGCACCAUGCCUGCUGUGGAGAGGCUGGCGUUGUCGGAAGUCGUCCAGUCCAGCGUGGACCUGACUGAGGAGGCAGAUGACAGCGAGCUUCAACGCUUCGAGGAGCUCCGGCAGCGAAUGAUCCAGAUGGAGAGGGCAGAUCUAGGCUACCACACACCUGCUAGUCAGACGCCAUGCCGCCUCAGAGCAGCAGGGGGCGACAGAUCACACAGAACUCAUUCCCUGUCCAGUGGAAGGGAGGUACAAGGAAGGUUCCCAGAGCUGCCUUCAUCUGAUGAGAGGAACUGGAACAGAUCAGAAGAGAGGAGUUUAGCUGCCCUGAAAGCGAUGAACGAACAGCAAGCCUUGCUGGAACAAAGAAGAAAAGAUGAAGAUCUCUUGCGGGAGUGGAGAAAACAGGCCAGGAUUCUGCAGGAGCAGAAAAUAUUGGAACAGAAGGAGGUCAGACAGGAGAGGCAGAAAAGAGAAGAGAAUACCCCAUAUGCCACUGACUCUUCAUGUAAGGAGGGAGACAAUGGUGCCUCUGACAGUGGUGCCCAGACAACCCCCCAGAGGUCACACAUGGAUACAGAUGAGGCCAGAGUGGCACGCGACCGAGAGCUGGAGCAGCGCAUCAAAGAUCAUGUUCAGAUGAUGAAGGAAAGACGCAGAAGGCCCCGAGGACCCCCUGGUGAGGAGAUCCAGGCAGCAGCUCAGGAGAUGGAGCAGGUAAAACAGUUGCAGUUGGAGCUUGCAGAAAGAAAACGACUGAGAGACCUUGAGUAUCGAUUGACCGCCUUCACUGCAGACAGCUUUCAAACUUCAUGAUAAAUAACCCAGCCAACAUGCUCAUGUGCUUCCACAGGGGUGAAGCUUUGGUUAAGUGGACUCCAGGUGGGCAUGGAGUGGAUUUGUAUGUGUGUGUUUGUGAUUUUACUGAGACCUAGUUGUGCUUCCCAAAUGGGCUUUAUCAUUACAGCACAAGAAAAUAUCACAUGGGUCCCAUCUAGGCCUCAUGUGCAGACUACAACCCAGAUGGGGCCCAUUUUUAACACAUUUGGGUCCCAUCAUUAACCCUUCUGGUUCUCAGUUGGGCUACUCAUACAGACCCCACAUGUGCCUGUUAUCUGGAAACAAGCUUCCAGCUGUGCUGCUAUCUGGACAAACCUUACAAUUACAGUCCAACACAAUAGCAACUAUUAUAUUGUAUUGGUUUGGGUUUUUUUGUCCCUUAUUACACAAAUUGCACAUGCAAUAUUUAAUUUAAAGAUUUGAUAAAAAAAAAUCUACACUGGCAAUCAUGUAUGACCUUUCCUAUGUUUAUAAAGAAAUUUACCAUUUGA